UUGGUAUAAAUAAAAGCAUUAUCUUUGUUACUUUGAAUCAAACAAAUCACAGAGUGAUAAAAAAGAAAGUAAGAAACUAGAAAUUAACACAUCAAGCAUGGCAGAGAAGGAAGGAGGAAUUGUCAAGGAGGGUCAUGAAGAGGGGCUUAAAAUGGCAAUUUCUCUUCUUGAGGAGUUUGAACUUCCGUUGGGGCUCUUACCUCUGGAAGAUGUGAUCGAAGUUGGUUUCGUUAGGGAUAAAGGAUACAUGUGGAUCCUGCAAAAGAAGAAGGUGGAGCACAAAUUCAAGAUGAUCAGCAAGCUUGUGAGCUAUGAUAGUCAAAUAACAGGUUAUGUAAGCAAGAAGUUGAUCAAGAAACUCAAGGGAGUGAAGGCCAAGGAGCUCAUGCUUUGGCCUCCAGUUAGUGAGAUAAUUGUUGAUGACCCACCUACUGGUAAAAUUCACUUCAAGAGCCUUGCUGGGAUCACCAAAACUUUCCCAGUUGAGGCAUUUGCUGCUGGCCAGUGA